AUGUCUCCUCCUCGCCGCGCUCUCAUCAGCAUCACCUCAGCUACCGCAACCCUCUUCAACGGUAAAGAGACCACCGGCCUCUUCAUCAGCGAGGCUCUCCACCCAUACAAUGUCCUAGUUGCGGCCGGUUUUGAAGUCGAUCUCGCUUCAGAGACUGGCACUUACACGCCUGACUGGCUUUCCCAGCAGCCCGACUUCCUCAAGGGCGAUGAUCUGGCUAUUUGGAACGACACCAACAGCGACUUCCGCAAGAAGCUUGACAACAUGCCCAAAGCUUCUGAGGUGGAUGGCUCCAAGUACGGACUCUUCUACGCCUCUGCUGGACAUGCUGCCUUGAUUGACUACCCUACCGCGACUUCUCUUCAGAAGAUCGCCGCUCAAAUCUGGGGCAAUGGCGGAGUCGUGUCCUCUGUUUGUCACGGACCUGCAAUUUUCGCCAACUUGAUUGAUCCAACUACCAACGAGCCUCUGAUCAAGGGAAAGCGUAUCACUGGUUUCACUACAGAGGCUGAGAAUGAUAUGAAGAUCAUGAAUGAACUACGCAGCUGGGGUUCUGAGAUGGUCGAGGAAGUGGCUGCUCGUCUUGGCGCUACCUAUGAACGUUCUUCCGGUGUCUGGGAUGACUUCCACGUUGUUGAUGGCCGCCUGGUUACUGGUCAGAACCCAGCCAGUGCCGCUUCCACGGCUAAGGCAGCUGUUGAUGUCUUCGAUACCCUUUAG